UGGAGAAAGGAGAUGGUAAAGAUCAAGUGGCAAAUGAAAUUUUGAAUGAACACAAACACAAAUGUGGCAUUGUUUACUGUCAACAAAGGUGUGACACAACAGACAUAUUUGUUGCAAAUGCAAGGGAUACAUACAAGAAAAAAGAAAAGUUCCAAGCUUGGCUGGACACAAAAGCCCUGGUUAUGUGUUAUGUGUCCAACAAUUGCAUUUGGGAUGGGAAUUGA